GGAACCGCAUAUUCAUAACAUGGUUUAAAUACAAAAAUGAUGAUAACCAAAAUUAAUGGUACAACAUUUGUGGGUACUCCUUACUUAAUGCACGUUUUGGUACGCAAAACGCACUAUUUAAGGAACAGAAACCACUCUGUUCUCCUCUGAUAUUUCAGUCCCAACAAAUCCAUACCAUUUACAACGCACACAACCCCUUUUCCUUCUCUUCCCUGAGGAUUAGAAUCGUCUCCAUUACCAAAUCAUGGCCUUCUUCCUCCGCCUGCUGCAGCUUCUUAUCUGCUGCGUCUCUUUCAAACAGGGCCUCUGUUUUUCUGCGACUCAGACCAUGGUUUUGCCCCUCAAAACACAGAUGGGUGUCACUUCUCGGCCUUCCAAUAAGCUCAGUUUUCACCAUAAUGUCACUUUGACUGUUUCCUUAACGCUUGGCUCGCCUCCUCAACCCGUUACUAUGGUUCUCGAUACAGGGAGUGAACUCUCAUGGCUUCACUGCAAAAAAACCCCAAAUUUGAACUCUGUUUUUAACCCACUUUCUUCCUCUUCUUACUCGCCAGUCCCCUGUGCUUCCCCUGUUUGCCGGACCCGAACCCGAGAUUUACCCAACCCGGUUACCUGCGACCCAAAGAAACUCUGCCACGUCUUUGUCUCUUAUGCCGACGCCUCGUCGCUCGAGGGUAAUCUCGCGUCGGAUACGUUUCGAGUCGGGUCAUCGGCUCAACCCGGAACUUUUUUUGGGUGUAUGGAUUCGGGUUUCAGUUCGAAUUCGGAGGAGGACGCGAAGACCACUGGGCUGAUGGGGAUGAACAGGGGCUCGCUCUCGUUUGUCACCCAAUUGGGUUUGCCCAAAUUCUCUUAUUGCAUAUCGGGUCGUGAUUCUUCUGGGGUUCUGCUUUUCGGCGACGCGAGUCUUUCUUGGCUUGGGAAUUUGACCUACACGCCUUUGGUUCAAAUGUCUACGCCAUUGCCGUAUUACGACCGAGUCGCCUACACGGUCCAACUAGACGGAAUCAGAGUAGGGAACAAAAUUCUGGCACUCCCGAAGUCAAUAUUCGCACCAGACCACACCGGCGCCGGGCAAACCAUGGUAGAUUCAGGGACCCAGUUCACGUUUCUUCUGGGACCAGUGUACACGGCUUUAAAGAACGAGUUUGUGGUACAAACGAAGGGCAUUUUGGUCCCACUGGGUGAUCCAAAUUUCGUGUUUCAAGGAGCGAUGGACUUGUGCUACAGAGUACCCGAGAAACAGGGGAAACUGCCGCCACUGCCGGUAGUGAGUCUGAUGUUCCGUGGGGCGGAGAUGGUGGUUGGCGGAGAGGUGCUAAUGUAUAAAGUACCGGGAAUGGUAAGGGGUGGUGACCAAGUGCAUUGCUUGACGUUUGGGAAUUCGGAUUUGUUAGGAAUAGAAGCAUUUGUGAUUGGGCAUCAUCAUCAACAAAACGUGUGGAUGGAAUUCGACUUGGUGAAAUCAAGGGUUGGAUUUGUAGAGACGAGGUGUGAUUUGGCGGGUGAGCGGCUGGGGCUGGGGCCUUAAAAAAUUAAAAAAGAACUUCGAAUUGAAAAAUGGCCCGAAGCACUGCCCAAUCCAUGGCCCACCUCAAGAGGGAGGAGGUGGCCCAUUGAUCGGACAGGCACGGGAACAGAGUCUCUCUCUCGGGUUUUAUUUUA